AGGCAGCUGCCCCUCCUCCCCGGGUGGAGGAAGCAGGAAAAGGCGGCAGGAGGAGGCAGCGGUGGUAGACAGCACCCCAGCCAGGAUGGGCUCUCUCCAGCGCCUGGCCCUGCCGCUUCUGUUCGUCUGCCUCCAGGCUGGGGCGCCUGGGAGCUCUGCAGGCCCCAGCACCAGUGCACCAGACCCUUUCUUGACAGCAAAGACCACACAAGCACCUGCUGGGACUGCCGAGGUCAGGACCAGCUCAGAGGGAGCCUUGCAGGCCACUCACCUUGCCGAGACCUCAGUGCCGGCCCACGCCACUUUGGAAGCUCAAACCCUGAGUGCUGAGAUCUUUGCCAGCACCUUCAUCUCGGCUGGGACUAUUUCAAAAGCAGAGACCAGGACCAAGACCAUUUCCCCGGCAACACAGCCCAGAACCCUGACCAAGACGAUACCUUCCAAGCUCAUGGCUAUGAUCACCACCUCUCUGGAGACAUUAGCUACAACUGGCGUAGAAACUGGGCUGACCACAGUGGAGGCCACCACAGGCAGCGGUCCCACAGAUGCCGUCCUCGACACCUUUUGCACCAAUGACAACUCUGAAGAGGCAAGGAGGAUCCUGGUUGACAUCGUGACAUGGGCUCACACCUCCCCGGGGGCCGGGGGCCUGCCUCCAGGCAGCAGUUCCUCCUUUGACAACUCAGUUUCGGCCAUCACCACUUCCCAAACCCUGGCACCUGACAUCAUGACAGCCACCAAGGCCUUGGUUGCCUUCACCAUUACCCACGUUGAGGUUACCACCAGCAGCCUGAUGGGGACAGGAACAGCUGCCACCACCUCUGGGACCUCCAGCACCACAGGGGCAGAGGUCUUGCCCACCUCUGGAACCACAGCUUUGUCUGUCUCCACCGCGGCAGCGUCAUACCCCCCCGACACCUCAUCCUCUGCGGAAACCUUGUCAACAGCCUGUACCACAGAGCCAGUGACUUCCUCUGCUACCGGCUACUCUGCCAUGGGCCACAGCCCCUCGGAAGCAGUGACCAUCAAGAGCUCUGUGCCUUCAGACAGCACAAGCAAUGGGCUCUUUCCCACCCACAGGCACUCUCUCCCUUCUGCCCAUCUGACUACAGCCAGCAGCAGCCAAGAGACCACAACCACAGCCGAGACCACAACCUCAGCCGAGACCACAGCCUCAGCCGAAACCACAGCCUCAGCCGAAACCACAGCCUCAGCCGAGACCACAACCACAGCCAAGACCACAACCUCAGCCGAGACCACAACCUCAGCCGAGACCACAACCACAGCUGAGACCACAACCUCAGACGAGACCACAACCUCAGCCGAGACCACAACCACAGCCGAGACCACAACCUCAGCCGAGACCACAACCACAGCCAAGACCACGACCUCAGCCAAGACCACGACCCCCCCAGAGAGCACAACGAAGAUCCCCGUGGCCGUGCCCUUCACUCCGACAAGGAAGACCACAAGAGUUGAUCCAGUAACAAGCAGGUGUGUGGAAAGACUGCAGAAGCAGUUUGGAGAAGUGGUUUGAGAUCCUGGCUCUGCCCGUAGCAGCCUGAGUGACCUUGGACAAGCAAGCCUGUCUCCCUCUCUGGGUCUCAGCUUCUCCAUGUAUAGUCAAAGGGGCUGCAUCGAGUGAGCCCAGAAGUCCUCUCCGGCUCUGAUCUGGUCUUUUACAAAGCAAACUGUUCCGUAACUACUCCCGUGAAUCAGGCAGGGCCCCUGAUUUUAUUUAAUGCCACCAUGCAUGGCAGCCUCUGGUUCAGCUGUGGCCAUACAAGCCCCUGGUCCAGGCUGGGCAGCUGGGCCUCCAGGAAAGUGGGGCUCACUGGAUGUCCUUGCUGGGGUGUGCGCCAUUGAGAGUGACUUCAAAUAACUAACUGAGUGACAGUUGGAGAGUUUAAAGCUACAUCUCCGAGACAACAGGCACUUGUGGGCAGAGUCCGUUGUCAGAGGCCGCCUGACCAGCGCAGCCCCUGGUCCUCCUGUACUUCCCAUCACACUGACCCUGUGCCGCAUCCCCAUCUCUGCAGAUCCUCAGCUUUCUGGGAGGUGAAAUAAAUAUAUUACUCACAACCGCCCUACUUGUAUCUUUUGUGUUCCUGGCUAAGGAAUUGUGAGAGUAUUUCACAACCAGUAAGCAUUGGUACCAAGUGAAUGUCAUCCCGGAUACCAGGCAGGGUGCUGUGAGUUUUGCAUACUAUCUCUUCCAGCCUUCCAGACAAUCCUGUCAGGUGGCAGGGGGAUGGCAGUCUGAUGCCCAAACUCAUAGUCACCCUAUUGCACUUCGAUUAUUUAAAGCUCAGCUCAUAAAACAUUUUUAAAAAUAUUUACUUGUUUGUUUUGAAAGUCAGAGUUACAGAGAGAGAGAGAGAGAUCUUCCAUCCACUCGUUUACUCUCCAGAUGGCCACAACAGCCAGGGCUGGCUCAGGCCAAAGCCAGGAGCCUCCUCCAGGUCUCCCAUGUGGGUAGCAGGGGCCCAAGGACUUGGGCCAUCUUCCACUGUUUUUCCAGGCACACUAGCAAGGAGCUGGAUGGGAAGUGGUGCAUCCGGAACUUGAACCAGAGCCCCUAUGGGAUGCUGGCAGAGCAGGUGGCAGCCUAACCCACUACACCACAACACUGGGCCCAAUAUUUUUAUUUUAAAAUGCUUUUCUUUAUUACUUGUUGAUUAGAUAAUACAUUCACAUGAUUAAAAUGUCAAAAGGGGAGGAGUCUAGCGCUUAAGAUGCCUGCCUCCCACAUUGGUGUUACCCAGGUUCAAUUCCUAGCUCCGGCUCCUAACUUGAGCUUCUUGUUAAUGUAGACCUUGGGAGGCAGCAGAUGAUGGCUCAAAUACUUGGGUUCCUGUCACUCAUGUGGGAGACUCAGAUUGAGUUCCUGGCUCCUGACUGUGGCCCUGGCAAACCAUUUGGGAAGUGAACCAGAGGAUAAGAGUGUACUCUCUCUCUCUCUUCCAUCUUUGAAACUUAAAAAAAAAAUUACAUUCAAAAGGUAAAAAACAGUCCACCAUAAAAUGCCUUCCUCCCAUACCUGUUAAACACACAGAGAGAAGGAGAGGCAGAGAGAGAGAGAGGUCUUCUAUUUGCUGGUUCACUCCCAUUGGCCACAAGGGCCAAAGCUGAGCCAAUCCGAAGCCAGGAGCCAGGAACUUCCGCCGGGUCUUCCCAUGCGGGUCCAGGGGCCCAAAGAAUUGUGCCAUCUUCCAUUGCUUUCCCAGGCCAUAGCAGAGAGCUGGAUUGCAAGUAGAGCAGUUGGGACUUGAAUCGGUGCCCAUAUGGGAUGCCGGUGCUGCCGGUGGUGGCUCUGCCUGCUACACCACAGAGCCAGCCCCUUAUCCUCUGUUUCUAUGCAAGGGGAGUGUAUGGUAAAUCCAGCUCCCUGAGAUAAAGCUAUCAUUUUUGGGGGAGGAAAGGAAGAAAAGAUUUUUGUUCACUUUGUUAUUCUUUCAAAAGAUUUGUUUAUUUGAAAGAGCAGGGGCUGGCACGGUGGCGUAGCAGGUAAAGCUGCUGCCUGCAGUGCCAGCAUCCCAUAUGGACACCGGUUUAAUUCCCAGCUGCUCCACUUC